AAUACGUUAAGGUAAGUUAGUUUGCAUGCACGCGAGGAAUCGUGUAGUGUUGGUUAUGUAAAAUGCAGUGAAUAUUAUUUUUUUUAUAUACGAAGUCAUAUUGAAUAAAUAAGAUGCCGUCAAAAAACAUGAUAUUCAAUGUCCUCCUUAUAUUAAUGGUGUCAUCGAGUGAAGCACUAAGGCUGUUAGUGUUCUUCCCUCUCCAUUCCAAAAGCCAUAGUAUCCUGGGACAAGGUAUGGUCAGCAGGCUGCUGGAAGCUGGCCAUGAGGUAGUCCACAUAACCUCAUUUCCUCGUGAAAAACCAGAAGCAAACCUCACAGAAAUCAGCUUACUGUCUCUGGGUAUUAGAAUGAAAGCCGAAACCGAGAAAUUUGAAAAAUUCAAGUUAAAGAAUCUCGUUGGAAAAGGUAACUUCGGUGAUUCGCUUUUCUUUAUAUACUUCACACACGACAUACACAAACAGAUCCUAAGUGACCCCGAUUUGGUGAAAUUCCUUAGUGAUCCAAAAGAAAAGUUUGAUGCUGUUAUUCUUGAGUGGUUCUUUGCUGAUGAAAUUGCUGGGAUAGCUCCAUUAUUUAACUGCCCCUUGAUAUGGUUUGGAUCAACGGAAGCUCAUUGGCAAGUUCUAAAGCUGGUCGACGAAAUACCAAACCCUUCAUACACCGUGGACCUGUUCUCUACCAGCACACCACCACUUAGCUUCUGGGAAAGAACCCAAGAAUUGUACAAAAUGUUAAAGAAACUGUUAAUUAUUGGUGUUCUAGUAACGCCUUUCGAAAAGACCAUAUACAAUAAUGUAUUCAAAAAAAUAGCUGCAGACAGAGGUGUGACUAUUCCUUCGUAUGAUGAAGCUGUUUACAAUGGUUCCAUGUUGCUCCUCAACUCACAUCCAUCCAUUGGAACACCGUUUAGAUUACCACAGAACGCUAAAUAUGUUGGUGGCUAUCAUAGUGACCCGAAAGUAAAAUCUUUACCGAAGGAACUCAAAAAAAUCAUGGAUGACGCGAAGCACGGAGUAAUAUACUUCAGCAUGGGCAGUAAUUUAAAAAGUGUUGAUAUGUCCGAUCAUAUGAAAAACUCUCUGCUUACCAUGUUUGGUAAAUUGAAACAAACUGUGAUCUGGAAGUUCGAAGGAGAUUUAGACAACGUACCGACAAAUAUUCAUUUAUUAAAAUGGGCGCCUCAGCAGAGCAUUCUCGCUCAUCCAAACCUCAAGUUCUUUAUAACUCAUGGAGGACAAUUAUCUACGACUGAGGCCAUCCAUUUCGGUGUGCCAGUUAUUGGCAUACCAGUAUUGGGAGAUCAACACGUGAAUAUGGGAUCUGUUACCAAAAAGGGUUUUGGUAUUAUGGUCAGUCUAGCUGAAAAUAUGGCGGAAAAAUUGCAAAUAGCCAUAAAGGAAAUGUUAGAAAAUGCUUCAUACAGAACAAAGGCCAAGGAACUAUCUUUCAUCUUUCACAGUCGUCAACAAAAACCUGGAGAUGAACUUAUAUUCUGGAUAGAAUACGUUGUUAACACACGUGGAGCUCCUCAUCUAAGAUCACCCGCUUUAUCUACACCUUUCUAUAAAAAAAUGUAUUUUGAUUUGUUAAUUGUAUCAAUGUCAGUAUUAUAUUUGUUAGUUACCUACGUGUCUCCAUUUCCAAAUAAGGAUCCACCGAAAAAUCUUCGUUAUAUAGACGUUUCCGAGGCAACUAAAUGCAUAAAUAUGGGACUCUUCGACAUAAAGGUUAUCAUGGAUAAGGUAGUAAAUUUGCAAGACCAAAAUUUAAUAUUGCCGGUUCUGGAAAGCUUUUGGGAAUGUUCAUUUAAAAUAGAAACCCUACAAAGAUUUCUGAAUGAUCCAAAUGAGAAAUUCGAUGUUGUUGUGGUUGAAUGGCUAUACAGUGAACUUGGUUCAGGCUUUGCUACAGCGUUCAAUAGUCCUCUCAUCUGGUCUUCCUCGAUGGAUCCUCAUACCUUCAUACUGUCUCUGGUGAACGAACACUUAAAUCCAGCGUACACUGUACACCACAUGUCCAAGGAUUACUCAUUUUCGUUCCUAGACAGAGUUUAUCAAUUAUGGAGCGUAUUUAGAGUGCGGUACUACCAAUGGGCGAACUCAAAUCAUGAGAAUGAGAUAUUUAAGCAGUUAUAUGGACCAAUUGUUGCAAAAAAAGGCCGAGAACUGCCUCACUUUGAUGACGUCAAAUAUAACGCGUCACUCGUUCUUGGUAACUCAGAUAUUGUUGCAGGAGACGGUAUAGCUUUACCACAGAACUACAAGCAUAUUGGUGGCUAUCACUUCAAAGAUGUAGUCGAACCCUUGCCUAAGGAUUUGAAAGAAAUAAUUGAUAAUGCGACAAAUGGUGUAAUAUACUUCAGCAUGGGCAGCAAUCUUAAGAGCAGUAAUAUACCGGAUAAUAUAAAGAGGGAGCUCCUUAAUAUGUUUAGUGAUUUAAAGGAAACUGUGAUUUGGAAGUUGGAAAAGACAAUACCGGAUCUACCGAAGAAUGUUUAUAUAUCUCCCUGGGUACCUCAACAAAGCUUAUUGGCUCAUCCAAAUUGUAUCCUCUUCAUCACUCAUGGAGGUUUGCUUUCUAUCCUGGAAACAAUGCACGCGGGAAAACCUAUAAUAGGAAUACCGUUCUUUGCUGAUCAGUAUCUUAAUGUUAACAGAGCAGUAGCUAAAGGUUUUGCAAAACGAAUAGACUUUGACGAGAAUGUAGUGAAACCUUUGAAAGAGGCUAUCAAGGAAAUUUUAGAGAACCCGAGUUAUAAACAACGGGCGAAAGAGAUCUCAGUUCAAUUCAACGAUCGUAUCGUCCCUCCAGGCCAGGAACUAGUGUUUUGGAUAGAGCAUGUUAUAAAAACAAAUGGCGCUCCGCACUUGCGCUCUGCAGCACUGCACGUCAGCUGGUACAAGAAAUUGUACCUAGAUCUACUUUUAAUUAUAGUGAUUGCAUUAAUGGUACUUCUUGGGGUCUGUAAAUAUUUGUUUGCCUUACAAGUCAAAGUUCACCAAAAAAAGAAAGUGCAGUAGAAUCUUGAUUGUGAAAUUAUUAUUAGGUAUCUAGAGAUAAGAUUACUCUUAUUUGUAAUGUGAAAAAUAAAUGAUAAUCUUUUUA